AUGAGAUAUUCUGAGGUUGUUGAGUGCGCAAGGAGUGUCAAAAUACCGAAGGAGUCUCAGAGAAAUAGGGGAGUUGGGGAACCGAGGCAACCGGCCGCUAUCGUUAGUUCUUCGGAGACUUUUAGAAGCCAGGGGAGGAAUAGGCCAAGGGAGUCGUCUUCAGCAACUCAAAGCCAAUGGAGUGUUAGGGCAUCCACCGUUUCUUCUAGGGUUCCGGGAGCUCUUUCUAGGCCAUCAGUCACCUGCCACCGAUGUGGUCAAUCGGGUCACAUUCGUGCAAAUUGUCAGCAAAAGGCUUGUUUUGUGUGUGGUGACUUUAGCCAUUUUGCUAGAAAUUGUCCUCAAGAAGGAGGAGGCACUCGUAGUGAGUCGGGUUCAGUACAACAGCCGGGGUCGGAACAUUGGUCUGGUCAGCAAUCGUUUAGGGGUACCUGGAGGCUGCAACAGCCACAUUUUCGUCAAACCACUACCAUUUAG